UUCUAUCCCAGUCCAGCUGACCCUCUUUCACCUUUGCACCAUACUGCCCUGCACACGGAGCUUGGACCCAGCUCUGUUACCGUUAGUUUACCCUGAGUGCUGAAAUUAGUAACUAUUUGACUCUUCUUCUGGUAACCGGAUACAGCAUGGAGGAUAGCUGCACCUUCUUGUACUUUGCAUAUGGAAGCAACCUGCUAAAGGAGCGACUGCAGCUCAAGAACCCGUCCGCAAUGUUACAUUGUGUGGCCAGAUUAAAGGACUAUAAAUUGGUAUUUGGGAAUUAUAAAGGCCUUGCCUGUGAGCGGUGGCAUGGAGGUGUGGCCACCAUAGAGCACAGUCCAGGAGAUGAAGUGUGGGGGGUGGUAUGGAGGAUGAACAAGUCUGACCUCAAAUCUCUCGACAGUCAAGAGAACGUCACGUUGGGUGCGUACAGCCCUGUGGAAAUAUCGGUAAGGACAAAAAGCCGGGAGCUUUGUUGCCGCACCUACUUAAUGAAUAGCUGUGUGUAUGCCCCACCAUCACCACAGUACCUACUGGUGAUUGUGAUGGGAGCAGAGCAAAACAGAUUGCCUAAGGACUACCAGGAGAAGCUAAGAGCAAUCGAGACCAACAAGUAUGAGGGUCCUCUACCUCUGAUGGUUGAGCUGGAGCUUCAGUGAGCCAGAGAAGCAGAAAGACACGACCUAUCUGAAACCUGA